AUGACGUCCUUCAACGAGAAGCCACCGCCAACAGCUGAUGAGCUCCCUACAACGCUCGCAGCUGAACGACAGCUGGCAAGGACAAGUGAUGAAGAUAGCAGCGAGAAAAAGGACGAGCAGAAGACUGAAGCCAAAGAUGAAGACGACAAAGAAAAGACAGGCAGUUUCGCCGACUUCUGGCGCAUCUUUCGCUACACCGACCGCCUGGACCGAAUACUCUAUGCCAUCGGCAUUGGACUGGCCAUCGCUGCGGGUGCCGCCCUCCCUCUGAUGACACUGGUCUUCGGCCAAUUCACGACAGAGUUCACGAAAACCACGUCAGGGAAUGGAGUCGCUUCAGACUUCCGCUCCACCGUCAACCAACUGGUGCUUUACUUCGUCUACCUCUUCGUCGGCCGCUUCUGCGUCGUCUACAUCUCCAACGUAUGCGUGAGCAUUGCCGCCCUGCGCACGACCAGAGCCGUCCGGUAUGCCUUCUUGGACAGCACUCUUCGACAGGAGGUCUGGCACUUCGACAAGGAGAGCAAUGGCUCCGUUUCAUCCCAGGUGACGACCAACGGCAACCGGAUCAAUCAAGGCAUCGCGGAGAAGUUUGCCUUCAUCUUCCAAGGCUUAUCGCUCUUCUUUUCCGGCUUCAUCAUUGCUCUCGCCGUACAGUGGAAAUUAGCUCUGAUCGUCAUGAGCAUCGUCCCAGCAAUUUUCGUCGUUGUCAGCAUAUGCAUAUCAAUUGACGCGGUACACGAAUCAAAAAUCACCCGCAUCUACUCAAAGGCGGGUGUGCUGUCUCAGGAAGCCAUCAGCUCGAUCAAGACCGUUCAUGCUUUUUGGGCCCAUGAGAAGAUGGUGCGGAGUUAUAAUGAGUUCCUUCAAGCUGCUCGCGAGAUUGGCAAGAAGAAGUCUCCCAACUAUGGCGUUAUGUUUGCUACGGAAUGGUUCUGCGUUCUGAGCGGCACUGCUUUGGCCUUCUGGCAAGGUUUCAGAAUGUAUGCUAGUGGCGAGAUCGAGAGCGUGGGAACGGUCAUCAACGUCGUGCUUGCCGUGACCAUCUCCGCCACGGCCAUGUCGACGAUUGCACCCCAGAUCCAAGCGCUCACGAACGCUGCGUCGGCUGCCUCCGAGCUGUUCUCAAUCAUCGACAAGCCAUCUCAACUCGACCCUCUAUCACCUUCUGGCGAGCAGCCCACGACGUGUCAAGGAGAUAUCCAGAUCAGAGACCUGUCCUUCACAUAUCCUUCGCGUCCGACAGCGCAAGUUCUGCAUAGCUUGAAUUUGUCGAUUCCAGCAGGAAAGACCACUGCCCUGGUUGGCGCAAGCGGCUGCGGCAAGUCAACUCUUGUCGGUUUGAUCGAACGAUGGUACGAGCAAUCUGAGGGCGAUAUACUUCUCGACGGUAAACCACUCAGCUACUACAACACUCAAUGGUUACGCAGCCGCAUUCGUCUCGUCCAGCAGGAGCCUGUUCUCUUUAGAGGAACCAUCUUCGAGAACGUGGCUAAGGGAUUGGUAGACUCUCAAACUACGCUUGACCCGGGGAAGCAGAAAGCGUUGGUGGAGGAAGCGUGCGUAGCCAGCAAUGCGCAUGGCUUCAUCCAAGAUCUUCCGGACGGAUACCAGACACAGGUCGGCGAGCGAGCAAGCAUGCUUAGUGGCGGCCAAAGGCAACGCGUGGCCAUAGCUCGCAGCAUUGUUUCCAACCCGCAGGUCCUGCUUCUGGACGAGGCGACGAGCGCUCUGGAUCCUCGCGCGGAAGGCAUAGUGCAAGAUGCUCUGAACCGGGUCUCUGUUGGCAAAACCACUCUCGUCAUUGCCCAUAAGCUUGCCACUGUCAAAGCUGCUGACAACAUUGUGGUAAUGUCUUAUGGCCGUAUUGUCGAACAAGGCACGCAUCGUGAGCUCAUCAAGCUGGAUGGUCAAUAUGCUUCGCUGGUGCGAGCUCAAGACCUGGGCAGCACUUCGGGAGACGCCGCGGACUUUUCGAAGGAAGAGAAUGAUCUGGAAAUGAGCCGCACCGAUACCUUGCAACGGACGAAGACCGAGCCGCAAACUGCCGCCGAAGCUGAGAUUGAUCACCUCGCUUCUGGAACCCUUGGAUAUGGCUUAGUGAAGUGCAUCUGGAUCAUGCUGACGGAGCAGAAAGACCUUUACUUCCGGUUCUUCCUGUCAUGCGUCGCGUGCCUGGUCGCAGGUGGGACGUUCCCAGCCCAAGCGUUGCUCGACGCCCACUUGAUCAACGUCUUCACUAUCUCCAUUGACGAGGGCCGCGAACGGGCGGACUUCUUUGCUCUGAUGUUCUUCAUAGUUGCGCUGGCUAAUCUGUUCGCCUACUUCGUCGUUGGGUGGAUUUGCAAUGAGGUGGGCUUCGAUUAUGAAUUUACAUGA